AUGGAUGGAUGUCUUUCAAGAAAAAUUACAGAAUUAAAAUUAUUUUAAGAAAUUUCUUGGUUUAGAAAUAAAAGUAUUAAUAUUUAAAUACUUAUGAAAAGCAGAUAUUUUAUGGACGACUUUGAGUAGCUAAAAUUUAUGAAAUAAGCCGAAUUUGUUGAAUAUUCCAUCUUAAGUUUAAGGGGGAAAAGCAAAAUGCUACUGAUAAAAUGUAUUUCUUGUUGGAAUAGAAUAUGUUUUAAUUAAUAGUUCAUAGAGAGCCAUGUAAUUAAAUAACCAUUAUAAACUGAUUAUUAAGUAUUGAAAAAGGAUAUAAAAAAAUGGUUAAAGACAUUCUAAUCAUUACAUGUAAUGAGAAAAAAAAACUUUAUAACGGUAUUGAACUAAAAACCAACGUGCCUUAAUACCAUAUGA